AUGAGAGCAUUCCUUAAGUUCAUAGAUGAGCAUGUUUGGGUUAGUGUGCAAAAAAGUUGGUCAACCCCCUCUACAGUUGUGUUAGGUAUUAAUACCCCUACAAACAUAUCUCUUUGGACUAAGGAUGAGUUAACUAAGUGUAACUGGAAUAGCAAAGGACUUCAUGCGUUGUUCAUGGCUGUGUUUCUCGAGGAGUUUAGAAGAGUCCCAAUGUGUAAAACUGCUAAAGAAGUUUGGGAAAUCUUAGAGACCACACACGAGGAUGAAGAGUCUCUUGAUGAAUUUUAUGACAAGCUGAAUGACAUUGUGAACUCUAGCUUCAAGUUAGGUGAAAAGAUUCCUAAAUCCAAGAUCGUGAGAAAGAUACUUAGAUCCCUACCAGAGAGGUUUAGACCUAAGGUCAGAGACAUUGAAGAAAGUAAAGACAUAAAUACUGUUAAGGUAGAAGAAAUCAAGGGAUUUCUUCAAACCUAUGAACUCACCCUGUCACAGCCUAAGAAAAGUAAGUCCAUUGCAUUAAAGUCCAUCAAGGAAGGAGAGUCAAAGUCUAAUGAUUCUGAGUCUCUUAGGGACGAGAAAAUUGCCUACUUUGUUAAAAAGUGCCAUGAAUGUCAGGGUAUAGGCCACUAUAGAAACAGGUACCCUAGUUAUAAGAAGAAUCUGAAGAAAGGGAAGGGCAAGGCUUUGGUAGUUUCACUAACAGAUGACGAAACUAGUUGUAGGGAUCAACAUGAAUCAUCUAGUAGUAAGGAUGAAGGAAACUACACGGCCUUCGUGUCUAGUGCUAAGUGUGAAUCGGAUCAGGAAGCUGAGAAAGAAUGUAAGGUGAGGACGUUGUCAAGUAACCUGGAAAAAUCAAAUGCCCAACUUCAGUCCUUCGUGAGUGGAACUAAAAAGCUUGAUGAUCUGUUAAGUAUGAAUAAGCUAGGGAGAUAUAGGAAAGGUCUAGGAUAUGUUAUGAGUGAUACGCAUGUUGCUAGCCCAUCCAAGACCACCUUCAUCCCAGCCUCUAAAAAAUCGAGCAUGGUUGUCAAUCUGGAACCUAGAGGCAAGAAUAUCUUAGGGGAACAAAAUCACAAAACACAUAAGAUUGUCGUUCAUAGAAAUCAACAUCCACAAUUACAUACUUUUGAGCCUAGGUUCAUUCCUACCUGUCACCACUGUGGUGCCUUGGGACACAUGAAGGCUAGGUAUUAUAAGCUAGUCAAGGAGCAGAGAAGACAUAAUACUCCUAGUUAG